AAGCAAGAAGAUCGAUGCUAAUUAUAUGACGUUAAUGUCGAUCAGUUGGUCCACUUAAACAAUAUUGUCUCUCUUAAUUACAAUAUCAAAGAAAUUUCUUUUAGGCGUCCAUAUAUCAGUAGUGUAGGUCCAUCACUCCACUAGCCUGUACGUGUUCCUAUAUGAUCAAUAUAUAUUAGCUAGCUAGUUCACUUCUUUUGGUGCCAAAGCAAAACACAGACUCUUUGCAAUCACCUUCCUUCGCUUCCUUUGAUUUGCAAACAAGAUAACAUGGCUGAGGUUGCACUUGCAGCUGCAGGCGUAGUUCUCUCCCCCUUCCUCCAAGUAUUUUUUGAAAGAAUGGCAUCUCGCGAGUUUGAUGACUUCUUUCGGGGGCGAAAACUUAGCGAGAAACUCCUAAGAAAGUUGAAGAUAGCAUUGCUAUCCGUAAAUGCAGUGCUCGAAGACGCAGAAGACAGGCAAUUUAUGGAGACUAGUGUGAAAGAGUGGCUCCAUGAGCUGAAAGAUACUGUCUAUGAUGCAGAGGACAUCUUGGACGAGAUUGCUACCAGACACUCGCGACACCAGUUGGAUUCUGAAUUUGGAACCAUUGCAAGUAAGGUACGACACUCCAUCUCUGCUGCUCCUUUUGAUGUCAAUAAGAUAGAAGGAAAGAUAAAAGAUGUAGUUGACAGAUUAGAAGAUCUAGCAAAACUAAUAGGUGUUUUAGGUCUAAGAGCAGGUGUUGGAGGGAAAAUAUUAGAAAGAUUGCCCACGACUUCUUUCAUGGAAGAAUCUAGUAUUUGUGGUAGGGAUUGUGAUAAGGAGGCGAUAAUUAACUCGCUGCUCUCGAAUGAUGCGAGGGGCAGUAAAGGAGGUGUUGUUGCCAUAACCGGCAUGGGAGGAAUUGGCAAGACCACCCUUGCUCAUCUAGUAUAUAAUGAUGAUAGGGUGAAGGAGCACUUUCAGUACAAAGUAUGGGUUUGUGUUUCGGAUCCAUUUGACAUGAUCAUGGUAAUGAAAACAAUUAUAGAGGCAGUAACUUUGUCAAGUUGUGAUAUUAAGGAUCCGAACCAGCUUCAAAAUAAACUUAAGGAGACGUUGACAGGAAAGAAAUUCCUACUUAUUUUAGACGAUGUUUGGGAUACGAAUCCUACCAAAUGGGAGGUCUUAAGAAAUGCUUUUAAAUUAAAGGCACAAGAAAGUAGGGUCAUCGUAACAACGCGUAAUUCUGAAGUUGCAACAGCCAUGCACGCUGUUAAUCAUGAUAUAACCUUGUUAUCAAAAGACGAUUGUUGGUCACUAUUUGCAAAGUAUGCAUUCCACGAUGGUAACUUUGAUGCGGAUCCAGAACUAGAAGCAAUAGGAAAAGAAAUUGCAAAAAAGUGCAAAGGCCUACCUUUAGCAAUUAAGGCGAUUGGGGCUCUCUUGGUGUCUAAAUUAGAUGUUGAUGAAUGGAAGAAGGUAUUGAGAAGUGAAUUAUGGGAUUUACCAAUUGAGGAGACAGACAUCCUUCCUGCUCUAAGAUUAAGUUAUAAAUAUCUUUCAUCACCUCUAAAGCGAUGCUUUGCAUACUUGUGUGCUGUCGCAGGCACCCAAAAAUAA